CAAAAACAGCUCCCCUCCCCACCCCCCACGUGUUACAUCCCGCAUAAUGAGGCUGCUACAGAUUCUCCCACGCUCCGCCCCACACUGACUAUUGCAUUAUUUACGAAGUGGGGAUGUGCGCUGCACUAAAAAAGAAAAUGCUGUGAAGUGUCAGCUGCUGCGUGCAUGCUCGCUCCAAUACGGGAGCCCACAGUUAUCUCGCAGUGGAGCGGAGGAGCCUGACGGAUGCAGAGACGGAGGAGAGGGAGAGGGGAGAGGACAAGGGAGGCACAGAUUGCUGCGAAUCCAAUCCAGACUUUGGCGGCAGCCUCAUCUUUGCCACAGUGGAGCGCCUUUCGUCAUCUGCCUCAUCAUGUUGAGGAAGGGAGACAGAGAGGUCCUCCUGAAUCUGGACUACGUGGAUGAAGCACAAACCACAGGCGGCUAUGGGAGUCUGCAGAACGGGAGCUUCAUCCCGCCCAGAUGUCUUGCGGCCGCAGCUGUUGACGAUGUGGGCGGCGAGGAUCCCAUGUACAGUCGCUGGAGCACAAGAAGUGACCAGCCGGUUCCACAGCAAGGGAAUUACUUCAGGGAUGGACGAACCAAAAUCGACUUUGUGCUGGUGUGGGUGGUUCGCUCGCGGAGGAAACGGCGAGGGAAGGGGAAGAGCCGGGCGACCGCUGAGGAGGGGGAAGCGGCGCCGACGGAGGAGAACAGCAGGUCUGAGCGGAGGAAGGCACAGCUGGCCCAGUGGAGGGAGAAGUUUGUUCAGAAUCUGCAGAGUGCCGGGCUGCUCAUGGAAAAGGAGGAAACGGCCAACGAAAAGAAAACAAUCCAUUUUCUGAAGCUUAGCGCUCCGUGGGAUGUGAUGCUGUUUUACGCCGAGGAACUCUGUCUGAGAGCUCCGUUGCAGGCACAGCCAAACCUGGACUUAAACACAUCGGGUCAGGUUCUGAAAAGACUAUGCAUACCCAACGUGAUGAGGGAGUCGGUGCCCAACAGGCCGCUGGACUAUUACACGUGUGCCUUUCGCAAGUCCAAGAUGAACAGGUUCCUCGGCUGCAACAACCAUGAGUCCUACUUCACUAAUACACAGAGGCACCGUGUUGUGCAUGAGAUUCUUGCCAGGACGGUGUACGGCAAAAGGAAGAGGGCUGAGGUUGGCGUGGACAGACUGGUGAACGAGGGGGUGUACGCGGCGGCGUUCCCACUCCACGAGGGCCCCUUUAAGCUCCCAAAGAAUGACAUCCGUCCUGAUGAGCUGAACCAGAGGCAGAUUCUUCACCACUACUGGGCCCGCUGGUGUAAAUGGUACAAGUACCAACCACUGGACCACAUCAGGGAGUACUAUGGAGAGAAGAUUGCACUCUACUUUGCCUGGCUGGGUUUCUACACCGCCUGGCUGCUGCCGGCGGCUGUGGUUGGAACCCUGGUCUUUGUGUCGGGAGUCAUGUCCAUGGGGACCAACACACCAGCUAAGGACAUCUGUGACAGCGGAGCCAGCUAUCUGAUGUGUCCUCUCUGUAAUACAUGCGAGGCCUGGAACAUGUCAGAUAUCUGCACCAUGGCCAAGUUGGGCUACUUAUUCGACCACCCAGGUACAGUCCUCUUCAGUGUGUUCAUGUCCUUCUGGGCCGUCACCUUCCUGGAGUACUGGAAGCGAAAGAUGGCCACGCUGGCCCAUCACUGGGACUGCAUGGACUUCCAUGAAGAAGAGGAGCGUCCUCGUCCAGAGUUUGCAGCCAUGGCCCCGACGAUGGAGCAAAACCCAGUGACUGGGGUGAAAGAGCCCUACUUUCCAGAGAAGACCCGGUUGUCCCGGAUGUUCACUGGCUCCAUGGUCAUCAUUAUGAUGCUGUGUGUGGUGAUGAUUUUCCUGGUGACGGUGGUCAUGUGCCGAGGUAUCAUCAGCUUGAUGAUGUUCCGCACCGGGAGCCCUGUCCUGCGUACAGAGGCCGGGACAAUAGCCAACAUCUCCAGCAGUAUUGUGAGUCUGGGCCUUAUCCUGUUGAUGGGCCGGGUCUACACUGCAUUAGCUGAGCAGCUCACUAAAUGGGAGAUGCACAGAACACAAACCCAGUACGACAAUGCCUUCAUCUUCAAGGUGUUCAUCUUCCAGUUCGUCAACUUCUACUCGUCCCCCUUCUAUGUGGCUUUCUUUAAAGGAAGGUUUGUGGGUUACCCCAGCAACUAUGGGACCUUGUUUGGGAUGAGAAAUGAAGACUGUGGUCCCGGCGGUUGCCUCAUUGAACUGGCUGAGCAACUCUUCAUAAUCAUGGUGGGAAAGCAACUCAUCAACAACAUUCAGGAGUUCAUUAUCCCUAAAGUGAAGGCCUGGCACCAGAAGAGGUCUUUGGCCAAGGUGCUGGGGGAUAAUGCAUCCCAUGAGCCUCGGCGCUGGGAGGAAGACUACCAGCUGGUGGAGUGUGAAGGCCUGUUCGAAGAGUACCUGGAAAUGGUGCUCCAGUUUGGGUUCAUCACCAUCUUCGUGGCAGCGUUCCCCCUCGCUCCGCUCUUCGCCCUCCUCAACAACUGGGUGGAGAUCCGCCUGGACGCCAACAAGUUCACGUGCGAGUACCGCCGGCCGGUGGCUGAGCGCGCCCAGAACAUCGGCGUCUGGUUCAACAUCCUGGAAGCCCUGUCGCACCUGUCCGUCAUCGCCAACGCUUUCCUCAUUGCCUUCACGUCGGACUUUUUACCUCGUCUGCUCUACCAGUACAAGUUUGGUAAUGAUCUCAAUGGAUACGUCAACUUCACCUUAGCUUACGCCCCUCAGAACUACACUCACAACCCCCUGUGCAGGUAUAAAGCGUUCAGAGACAACAAUGGAAACUACUCACUGUUCUUCUGGGAGCUUCUUGCUGUCAGGCUUGGUUUCAUCAUUGCUUUCGAGCAUGUGGUGUUCUUCGUGCUGCGAGUCAUCGACUGGAUCGUGCCAGAUGUCCCCGGGUCCCUGGAGCUGAAGAUCAAGAGGGAGCGCUACCUGGCCAAGCAGGCUCUGGCCGAACACCAGGAGGCUCUGUUGGUGAGUCGAGGCCGAGGGGCCGCCCCUGCCACUCCAGGCACAUCCAGCCCAGCAAGCGACACGUCCUUUGGAAACAUGAGUUAGGACUCCAGUGAGGAAAACGAGUGGUCUGAGGCGACAUUGGAGGAAUAAAAAGAGCCGCUCCCUCACAUCUGGGAUAACGCGAGUGAACUUUGUCCGUGACUGGAAUACGGCCUCUGCGCUGGGAUUUUGUUUUCAUUUAAUUCACUGAUGUGCACACCGCUGCGCAGGCUUUAAGAUAAGCAGGCGUGUUAACGGAGGCUGAAGCCGCCUUUUCAUCUGGAGAACGCAAGUUCUUCCACACAGCACCACGACUUAUGUUUAGGCCGACAGAAAUGUAACUUCACAUGUUCCAAAAUCGCUGGUUGAUCUGAAAAGGAUCCACAUCUUUCUUAUCCAUACUGGGUUCUGACCCGACAGCAACCCCCGCCCGAGCCCCAGCGGACCUGAAGGAAACAAAAAUGCCCAGAAAAUGUGAUUUAUACGGUUUGCUGAUGCGCUGCCCCCCAAUGUGCUUUAUACCGGCAUCGAUCUCUGUUUAUUUAUUUUUUUGUCUUUGCAGAAAUGUAAAAGUAAUGCCUUUUUAAUAUGUGCUUUAAUGAAUAGUGACACUAAUUUACUUGUUUGGGGGAAAACUUAAUAGUGUCCGUGGCCAAUGCAACACUCUCAAAGUGGCAUCAUAUGUUAGUGAAGCCACAUCGAUGCCAGUCAUUGAAGUUGUUAUUUUUCUAGUGGCUAAUACAUUUGCAGCAUGAAUUAUUAAUGCUAUCAGACUUUAACUUCUGUCCGCUCUAAUUACAAUUUCACACUGACCUAAUACCUGCAGGAGUGUGCAUCAGACCCAACCUGAGUAUUAGUAGUAUUACAUUGAUGCUAUAUGGUUCUAUUGACAUUAAAGAGUAACUUAAAUCCCCCUGAAAAUGUUUGUUUUUGCUGACCUCCAGUGGUUAAAGUUCUCACCUUGAAGCAGUUAUGUACAGGAGGGACCCUGUGACAUCACAGGUGGGUGUGGUUGUAGGUGUAGCACCCAACCACACCCAGCUUCACUGAUGGGUCAGAGGGGAACACUACUGUCCACUCCUGUCUUUUAGUAUGGCACUUCCAUGAAGUUGGGGCACAAUGGAACAAAGGCUGAGAUGUAUCCUGACUAAGCCCUGGUGUGGGUCGAACGUCAAAAACACUCGCUCCUAUUUUUCCCAUCAUGCAAUGUCUUUUGUAGGGUUGCAUAGUUGGAGGAGUUAUUUUUGGAGGAAGUAAAAGUCUGGUUAAUGUUCAGCUUAAAAACUCCCCUAAGAAUCAGGAUCCUUCAGUCAAACGUACUGCCUGUUAGCGAAGCAGAGGGAGACCCACAAUCCACGGGUUGGGUACGUUUUAGCAGAACAUUUUACGGGUUAGGGGUCAGAGGUCAGGGGUUAGACGAAUCAAGUAAUUAUAAUGCAAACAGUGUGUGCAAUAGUCCACCUUCCCCCCUCUCUUCCUCUCUCUCUGUCACUCUCACUCUCACUCUCGAACACACACACACACACACACACACACACACACACACACACACACACACACACACACACACACACACACACACACACAAAGCAACGCUCAGUACUUGUCUCUUUCAAUGUCCCAGUCCUGACAAUUGUGCUACUAUAAUGCAUAAAGUUGGUGGUUGAGUAACGCCUAUUUUUACGAGUUGGCCGUUGCAAAUUGGCUCUCAUAACACGUUGGGUGGCUGCACGCAAUAAUUAAACCGCCCAAGGUGCAAUUUAAUUUCCAAAACAUCCAAUAAUUACAAUUCUUUCACUGAUAACAAUCUCCAGCUUCAAUGAAUUUCCUCCGAGGGCCGUAAAUUUGACUGACUGUCAUUUAUAUACGUAGAGUCAUCCACCAUGUUGAAAGGAUUCAAACUGAUGGCCAUACAGCUUCAGUAUUGUCCAGGACACUGAAGAUAUUAUUACAACAAAUAUGUGCAACUCCCCCACUUCUCCUAUGUCUUUCAAACUCCCUUUCCCCAAAACACUUGGAGCCUUCAAACCCCCGAGAUAACCCCGAUGACAUCAUUAGGUUUUUUUCUUCUUCUCAGACUUGACAAAGUGCUCCAACAGUGCAAACAGUUGACAUUAAAGAACCGGUUCCCCCAGGCCGGGCUGUACUCCCUCUAAUGAGUAAACUGUGCCCCUUAGAGUUUACAUUGUGGUUGUUUUCUUUCUGAUGACCUCUGACUGGAGGUCAAAGUGCACCUACCUUUUACCGCUAGCUGAUACUGUAAGAUGGCAAAGAACUAGCAGGCCUUUGUGUCUGUUCAUUUCUAAAAAGGCAUUGAUUGUGCACUGAUAUUAUUACGUAUGUAGUUUAUGGGAUGUGUUCAAUGAGAUGAAGAGCAUAUAUCGACAUCUGCUCACUCGUCUGCAAUAUAUGCAAUGUAUAUACACAUACACUGUACAUGUGUUCUGUGCAUGGGUGCUGAGCAUGUCCAUCUUUUGUACUUGAAUUCUCUGCAGAGUUUUGUAUGGAUGAUUUCUGAGCGUUGCUGUUGUAACAUACUGUAAGUAGUAGUGAAAUAGUACCCCGAUAUAGGACAUAUUUUGUGUGUGAGAUGUUUUGCAUUGAAGGCCUUUUAGACCAAAAUAAAAGUAGUUUGAUGAAUG